GGAGGCGCACGAGGCGACCCUCCGGGAGGGCGGCCCUUUCUCCGGCCCUCUCCGGCUCCCGCUCAGACAGGUAGUUGGAGGAAAAAGAACAAAGCUCCUCGCGAGGGCAGGCGGCGGUCCCGGGGCGCCCCCGGGGCGGGGAGGCCGAGGCCGAGGCGCACCGCCACCCCCCGCCUGCCCAGGCCUCCACGUCCCCGGGCAGGGUUCUUCCGAAGGGACGGGCGGCCGGCCGCGGAGGGGCGGGGGGGCGCCCGGCGGGGGCGGGGGCGCCCGGAGCGGCGGAGUCGGCGGGUACCGACUGCCAUCCUGCAGCAAUUUCCCUGUGUCAUGGCUCCGGUCUCUUAGCAACAGCCGCGAGUCCGGCCGCCCCGAGCGCCGAGCCGCCGCCGCCGCGGGCUCCACUGCGCCCGGCGGAGCCCGGCGCGCCGCAGCCGCACAAAGGGGCGCGGGUCGGCCCAGGAGCGCCGCAGCGGGCACGCCGGGAGGCGCCGCGGGGGGCGAGGAGGCUCCGAGGCGGGAUGCAGGAUGCGGAGGACCUGACAGUUCUUGGAAACUCUUGGAAAUGGCUCGCGCCACAGCACCAGAGGGAGCUGCGAGCCUGGGGCGGGCGCUCGCCUCCGCAGGGCUGCUGAGCCGCGCUCGGCCGGAGGGCCCCGAGGCGCUGUCCCUGCGCUCCGCCGUCGGCUCGGGCUGAAAAAGUUUCUCCAUGUUCCUUUGUGUCGCCCGAGCGCCCGUUCGCCGGCCCCGAGCUGCCCUGGCCGGAGGAGGUGGCGGAGCAGCUAGCGGGCAGCUGGCGCCCCCCCUGCACAAGCCUCUGCCCCGGGGACUAGCCCCGCACUCCACUGGUUCGCUAUGAUCGCCACCGGCGGCCUGCUGAGGAUUUCUGCCAGAAAGCAGGAUCCUCUCCGCCCCCCGAGCCAGGUCCCCAAGCGCAAGCGGAAAGCCAAGAAGAGGCGCAAGAACGACGUGGUGGUGGUGAAAGGCAGGCUGAAGCUGUGCUCCGUCUCUGGGCUCAUCGCCCUCUGCGGGAUCCUGGUGCUGCUGGUGGGCAUAGCCAUGGCGGUGGUGGGCUACUGGCCCACGGCCAACGGGGCCACUAGGGAGGGGGCGAAGCAGCUGCCGCCCGCGGGCAGCGGCCACCGCGUCCCGACCACGGCCAGUGGCAGCAGCACUGGCAGCAAGAACCGGUCCAGGAGCCACCCGGGGACUCCGGGGGGUGUCAACUCCAGUUCCCUGGGCGCGCCCAGGAGCACGCCUCCAGCGCGGUCCGCCGCCCCUUCUCCGUCCUCCUCCACGUCCGUGGGGUUCUUCUUCCGAGUCUUCUCCGGCUACCUGCACUCUGACAAGCUCAAAGUCUUCGGGCCCCUGAUCAUGGGCAUCGGCAUCUUUCUGUUCAUCUGCGCCAACGCGGUGCUCCACGAGAACCGAGACAAGAAGACCAAGGUCAUCAACCUGCGGGACCUGUACUCCACCGUCAUCGACGUGCACAGCCUCCGCGCCAAAGACCUGGCGGCCGCCGCCUCGACCCCGGCCCCCGCCUCGGCGCCCGCCGGGGCCGCGCCGCUCAACGGCUUCCUCGGCUACGUGCAGUCGCGGGGCCUGGAGCUGCAGGCCGCGGGCGGCGGCGGGGACGCCUUCGGGGCGGCGGCGAUGCCGGCGCGGGGCGGGGGCGCGGGCGGCGGCGCGGCCAGGAGCGCCGCGUCCCCGCCGGACCUGGCCUCGUCGCCGCGCUGCCCGCGGGAGACCCCGAGCCCGGCGGAGGCCGUGUACAGCAUCUACCGCGAGCGCUCGGGCGGGGCCGGCCGCCGCCGGGCCGCCGCCGCGGCCGCCAGCAGCAGCAGCCUGGCGCCCUGCAGCCCACCCCAGAGCUGGGGGCGCCCGAGCCCCGCCAGCCCCCGCGUGGGCUCCUCGCUCAGCGCCUUCGCGCUGCUACCCUUGCAAGGGGACCGCGACGGGGACGCGGACGGUGCGAGCUGCAGUUGGCAGGGGCCGCUUGAGGAACGCGGCUCCCAGGAGAUCCCGGGGGGCGAGGUCGACCUGAGCCCGACCGACCUCCGCGGCGCCCCGGCCGGCGCGCGCUGGGCGCCCGACGAGCCGGAAGAGCCCGAGGGCGCGGCGGCGGCGAGCACCGCCAGGGGGCAGGGCGGCCGCCUGCCCAGGACCGGCAGGUUCGCGGCCCCGCGGCGCCGCAGCACCAGCAGGCUCCCGGACCACCGGGCACCUCCGGCCCCCGAGCCCCCGCCUUCUCCGGGCAGCGCGGACCUGGACUCGAGCCUUCCGGCCAAAGCUGCCUCCCCCUCGCUCCCGCUGCGGCCAGAGGACUCGCCCCCCACCAGGCUGGACUCGCCGAGCUCCCUGUCGGACGACCGGUCCUGCAGCAGUAAGAGCUACAGCCCACUGCGGGAGGCCGGCACCUCCUUGGAGUCUGUUGUGGACGCAGUAGCCAGUAAAAGCCCAGACUGUGAGGCCGCCACCGCCCCGGGUGCGGAGCAGAGCCCCCCGGAGGGUCCCAGCCAAGAGCCACCCUCGGCCGAGCCGCCUCCGCCGGUGCAGAGGCAGUUUACAAACAGAGAGAAACUCUUCAUGAUUUCCCGGUCUCACGCCUUUGGGGUAGAGGACGAACUGGAAAGUACUGGCAUUUAGAGAAAGAGGGAGCCAGAGAGGAAAGGAGUGAGAAAUGGGAGGAAUGCCCACUUGAAUCAGUGAAUUGAACAGUUCCUCUUUCCUGGUGGACUUAUGGGAGGAAACCAUCCAGUACCCAAAGAGCUGCAGAAGGUUCUUGAAUUCCUUCACGAGAUUCCUGGAGACAACUCCAGGCAUUUUUUAAGAGCAAACUAGUCUUUUAUGUCCAAUGGUGACUGGUAUGUUCCAUAAAACCAAACGUAUCAAAAGGUCAGCAAUCUAGUGUGUUAGAUAAAAUCUUGAUUUUCUUAGGAUCAAAAUAAUAUAUUUUUGACAGCAAAUGUGCACUUUACUCCAACUUUUUUUUUUUGGAUCCCUAACUCCUGUACUCUGCCUCUGGUUUUGUCCAUAGCUGCUUGUAAAUGAUAAGCUUUUUUCCUCCUCUGCUUUUGCAGAGCAUAGAACGGUUUGUGUCAGUUCUCUCAGAGCUGAUGUUGAAGUGAAGUCAGAGCCGAAAGCAGGUGUGUGUCAGAAGACAGCACUUCCCUUGCCCCACCCCACCCUACUCCUCCAGCUGCCCAAAGCCCUCUUUAUUUUUCAAAAGGGUAUUAACAUUUUGCUACUAGAGUAUCUAAUGGAGACGCAGGAGGCCAGUGUGAGAUGGACUGUUCCGUCCCUAAAUUCACAGUAUCAAGUACACCACACUGUAUUGUUAUCACACCUGUAUUGAAAAUAGCAUUAAUAUUAAAAAUCUUUUUUAAUAAAAGAAGUUCCAAACAAACAGAUAAACAUAAUACUGCCUCAUUUUGCCCUGGAACUAAUGCUUCUAACACAUAAAGCAGUUAACAGUUCAUCUGGUAAAUUGAAAAUAUUUUUGCUAUGACACUGCUACUCUGAUUGUGGUUCGCUUCCCACAAAGUGCUCAGCACCAUCCUCAAUCAAUUUCCAGUAUAUUUUUAACUUUUAAAUAUAGGAUAGUAUUGAACAUUUGGGAGUUUCUCUUUCAAAUAGAAUAAACUAACUAAAUAGUUAUUUUCCAUAAUAUUUCUAGUUUACCUCGAAGUGUUAAUUUGCAGAACUCCAGAUUUAAUUGUUCCCCUUUUGUCCUCUUGGAGUUGACUUUGAUUUUUGACUCUAAGUUCAUGAUCUUGAAUCCAUGUCCUACAUAGGCUAAAAGGUAAUGUUUUAAUAAUUUGGUAGAUUGAUUACUCUUGAUUUUAUUAAAAGUCACUUAGUUAAUUUUCAAGAACAGUAGACAAAUAAUGUAACAUUCUGAUGCCCUCAUCCUUUGAGUGUGAGCUGAGAAUCUUGGGAAUGGUAUUACUUUUUUUCAGCCAUUCUAGUACAAGUUCUCCAUUUACACACAGCCAAGGCUAUCAUUGCAGGAGGUUAAAAUACUGAUUUUAAAGGAAAAUCCAGUCAAAGAUGUGGUCAUAUUAGGCCCCCUGGGCAAAGCGGUGUCCAGCGGAAACAGUGCAGAUUCAGGAAUGAGACUGGACCCGAGUGUUCAGCAUUUGCCAGCUGUGUAGCCUUGAACAAGUCACAAACGUUGAGUCUCAGUCAUCACAUCCACAAAGUGGGGAGAACCAGACACACCUCACAGAGCUGUGAGGGGUGGGACAAGGGAUUAUAUGGACAGAGCCAGCGGAGCAGAGUACUCGGCUCAGAGUUGUACUCAAUAAAUGGUCAUUAUUGUAAUUAUUAUCAUUAUAAUAUGUGGUCUGAAUGCGCGUUGUAGAAGAAUGGGCCUUCCCUUGACUGGAGCUCUAGAAAGCCUAGGCUGAAAUCUGGAAAAUCCAUUUAUCAUCUGCAUAGCCUGAGGCGAAUCUCUGCCUCUCUGGGCCUCUGGUGGAUGAUAGCAUCUCUAUGGUUGCCUUCAGCUCUGAAAGCUUCACUUAAAUUCAGGGUAUUUGUUUUGUCCCAGAUAUAAUCAUAUCAUAUCUGCACAUACAACUUUGCAAAGUGAAUAUACUUCAUAAACUACAGGUUAGGGUAACAUUCUGUAAUCAAUUUAAAAAAGGACCUAAUUUAUUCCCAGAUUGAACUUGCAUUAAGCUGAUAACUGACUUUAAAGCUGUGGAUUAAUUUAUUUGGCUCUUCUGUAUAGCAAAAGUGAGUUUCAACUAGUAAGACUGACAAGCAGGUGUGGUCAUACCUGCAGGCAGUGUUAAAUUUCAACAGUCUCAAUUGUUUCAUCACACAGAAAAAAAAUUUCAAAUUUCCCUAGUUUUUCUUCUCCAUUACUUUGCAUACUGGCAAUUUAUGUACUGAGAGAGUUUGAUGAGUUGUUUAAAAAGAAAAAUAGGUUCUAGUGCUCUAAAAUGCUGUUUCCAGUCCUCAGAAAAUGCACUGUGAGACACUGAGCAAAUAAUAAAGCAUUACCUCUUGGUGUAACUAAAGAGGGGUGGGCAGAAUAGUAUUGAUCCCUUACAAACCAGAAAAUUCAGUCCAACUAAUCAACUAAACUUAAUACUGAUUGUCUGAUUAUAGUAAUCAGAUUAAAUAAAAACUUCUAGCUCAUAUUGAUCUCAUGGACAUUAAGUAACUUCAGCAAACUAAUUUAGCUCAGUAUUGCGUUGCAUCUAUCGUAACCAUCAAGCAAUUUAACCAGAUUUUUCUCCCUGAAGAUGAAAAAGGAUGAGGCCAAUUUUCCAAAUCUUGGGAGGAGCUGGGCUUUCAUCAGACCUCAGAAAGAGACCCCUGCAAUUAUGGCCACAGUGAUACAAUCUUCCCUAUCGUAGGAGCAGAGAUCUUCUGCAAUAAUGAGGCUAAAUUUUUACUUACUACUUACUGUGGGCCAAGUUCUGUUCUACAUGCUUUAUACAUAUUAUCUCAGUUCCCUUUCACAGCAACUCUAUUGAGGUAGGAUUACUAUUAUCCCUA